CCCUGUUAUCAAUUUCUGUAGAAAGUUUAAUUUAUCUUAUUCACAUUUUCUGCCCUUAUCAUUGAAUAAUUUCUAUACAAUAUGUGUUUAUGCAUAAGUAAAGAAUAAAAUUUGGGUAAUAUAUUAACAGGUGAUUCAGUUACAUAACUUUCAUUAAUGUACAGUAUAAUUAAGCAUUAUCUAAUAAUGAAUUGUGAAUAACUAAUUCAUUUAUUACAUAACAUGAUCAUUGAAGUCAAUGACACUAUAAAUAUCUGAACCGUAAAAACAACACUAAGAUAAUUGUUCUAAUUCACUUAUAGGUACAUGUAUAUCAUAUUUUUCCCAUAUAAUAUCACAUUUAUCUAACUGAUUCAAUGAUAACUAAAUCUAUUUCUAUUUUAUACAUUCUAUUCAUUUAUUUAGUUCAAUUAAACAAUAAUGAACAGAUCAGUAGUAAAUCAAUCAACAAUUAAACAAUAAUAUAUAUAAUAGAACAAAACAAUCAUUUAAUAAUGAGAAUGAUGUCACCCUAAAAAUGGAUUGAAAUUAAAUAAAUGUAAUCAAAAUAUUCAUGAAGAUAAUUGUACUAAAUUAAAUUUGAAUAAGUCGGUGAAUAAUGUACCAGGUGGAAGACCAGCACUGACAGAGGUAGUUGGAGCUGAAGGAGAUGUGAGUGGAGACGCGUCGACAGGCACCCAUUCUGUCAGUCACAUGGAUCGUGUCGAUUCCGGAGGGGAGAAUGUUCUCGGAACACAGGUACCAGGUGGAAGACCAGCACUGACAGAGGUAGUUGGAGCUGAAGGAGAUGUGAGUGGAGACGCGUCGACAGGCACCCAUUCUGUCAGUCACAUGGAUCGUGUCGAUUCCGGAGGGGAGAAUGUUCUCGGAACACAGGUGUCAAGUGAACAACCAGCAUCGACGAGUGAACGUCAGACCGGAGACAAUGAGACCAGAGACACUUCAGGAGACUCUCACUCCAUCAGUCACAUGGGUGUUGGUGUUGGUGUCGGUGCCAGUGAGGAGAAUCUUCUCGACACACAGGUGUCAAGUGAACAACCAGCAUCGACGAGUGAACGUCAGACCGGAGACAAUGAGACCAGAGACACUUCAGGAGACUCUCACUCCAUCAGUCACAUGGGUGUUGGUGUUGGUGUCGGUGCCAGUGAGGAGAAUCUUCUCGACACACAGGUGUCAAGUGAACAACCAGCAUCGACGAGUGAACGUCAGACCGGAGACAAUGAGACCAGAGACACUUCAGGAGACUCUCACUCCAUCAGUCACAUGGGUGUUGGUGUUGGUGUCGGUGCCAGUGAGGAGAAUCUUCUCGACACACAGGUGUCAAGUGAACAACCAGCAUCGACGAGUGAACGUCAGACCGGAGACAAUGAGACCAGAGACACUUCAGGAGACUCUCACUCCAUCAGUCACAUGGGUGUUGGUGUUGGUGUCGGUGCCAGUGAGGAGAAUCUUCUCGACACACAGGUGUCAAGUGAACAACCAGCAUCGACGAGUGAACGUCAGACCGGAGACAAUGAGACCAGAGACACUUCAGGAGACUCUCACUCCAUCAGUCACAUGGGUGUUGGUGUUGGUGUCGGUGCCAGUGAGGAGAAUCUUCUCGACACACAGGUGUCAAGUGAACAACCAGCAUCGACGAGUGAACGUCAGACCGGAGACAAUGAGACCAGAGACACUUCAGGAGACUCUCACUCCAUCAGUCACAUGGGUGUUGGUGUUGGUGUCGGUGCCAGUGAGGAGAAUCUUCUCGACACACAGGUGUCAAGUGAACAACCAGCAUCGACGAGUGAACGUCAGACCGGAGACAAUGAGACCAGAGACACUUCAGGAGACUCUCACUCCAUCAGUCACAUGGGUGUUGGUGUUGGUGUCGGUGCCAGUGAGGAGAAUCUUCUCGACACACAGGUGUCAAGUGAACAACCAGCAUCGACGAGUGAACGUCAGACCGGAGACAAUGAGACCAGAGACACUUCAGGAGACUCUCACUCCAUCAGUCACAUGGGUGUUGGUGUUGGUGUCGGUGCCAGUGAGGAGAAUCUUCUCGACACACAGAUGUAUAAACCAACGGAUCAAAUGGAUCAGACAUCUGAUGACUUGUACGUGGGACUGGUUGAACAUAAAGUAGAAAAACAGUCUCAUAAUAGAAAUGCAACGUAUAUAACAUUUGAAGAAGUCUCAGGAACCUAUCGAAUGAAUAGAAGAGCUGAUUAUAAUUAUACCAUAAAUUCUCCAUUCGACGAAGUCAUAGUCCAUAUUGGACAGAAAGGAGACAUUGGACCACAGGGUCCAGCUGGUCCAGUGGGCUCUACGGGUUAUUGUCCAGAAACAAUAUGUCCAUCAAUUGAUAUGAGUUCACUGAAAGGUGUUCAAGGUGAGACUGGAUCAAGUGAAUGGUGUAAUAGAUCAUGUAAAACUAUUGAUGGAAUUAUUGGAUUAAAAGGAAUAAAGGGUCUAAAAGGUGAUAUGGGAGAUACUCUGAUAUUAUCAUUUUCAAAAGCCUUACAACUAAUUAAAUACACUAUAAACAUUACAUCAUCAAAUUAUCUUCCCAAAGGUCAAAAAGGAGACAAAGGUGAAGUGAUUCAGAGAAAAUUCAUUCAGAGAAGAAUAUCUUCACAGAAUAAUAGAAAUUUUCAUCGACGCAAACGGGGACAACAACAAGAUUAUGAUCAUUUAACUUCUCGAAUUCAUCCUUUACAAGAAAUUAGGAAACAUUAUCUUAUUCACUGGAUCAAAUUUCGCAAAUUUAGAAAAACAAAAAUUUUAGGUGUUAAAAUACUUCAUAAUCCUAAUGAAUUCAAAACUAUUGGUUCAAUUCUACCAGUUGGUGCAUUAGUUGUUACUGAAUUCUUCAAUUAUGAAGUAUUAUCAUUUGCAAAUGAUAAUCAAUCAUCUAAAUGGAAUUUAAAUAAAAAUUUUCAAUUGGAUCAACUUAGUUCAUUGGGUUUAUUUAUGAAAAUUGAAAAUAUUCAUAAUACAUGGAAAAGAAUACAUGUUAAAUUCGGACAAGAAGUAACAUUUGGUCAACAUGAUUCUAAUUUACAAAUCUACAACAGUUCAUCUUCCAAAGAACCUUCAUCUAAAACUUAUACCCCCAGAUAUAGAGAAAAAAUAGUAUUUGCAUUUCAUCCUGUUCCUUUGACUGGAGGAUCAUUUUCAGGAUGGCAUGGAGCCAAUACGAAGUGUCAUGAAACUGCUCUUCAUCAUCUUGGAAUACCUGGUUUUAAAGUACUUCUUGUAGACAGAAAUUUUCCAAUAGAACGUCUUAUCAAAUGGCAAUAUCAACAUGUACCUAUUAUAAAUCUAGGUAGUCAAAUUGUAUUUUCGAAAUGGAGAGAUUUCCUAUACGGUAUUCGUUCGAAUAUAACGUACCACUGUACGACUUAUAUGGUAUGCCUGAUUUACAAGUUCAUUCUAAGAACUUCUGGCUUGGAGGUGGUAUUACUUUUGGAUGUGAUGGAUGGACAACAAAUUCAUCAACAAAAUUUGGUCUUACAUGGUCAUUUGAUCAUAGAAUAG